AUGACUCGCUUUCUCUCAUAUCUCGUGGCCAGCUUGACAGCUGGUAGUGCCGUUGCAGUCAUACUCGGGGAGGUCGAUAGUCUACGAGAGACGUAUGACUUCGUCAUUGUGGGCGGCGGCACAGCCGGAUUGGUUGUGGCCAAUCGAUUGACAGAGAUCUCCAAAUUUAAUGUCCUUGUGCUUGAAGCUGGACCGACUGACGCUGGUGUAUUGGAGAUUGAAGUACCGUUUUUAUGCACGCAUACCACUCCACAGACACCUUGGGAUUGGAACUACACCACUAUUCCACAGGCAGCACUGAAUGGUGCGUCGUUGACAUACCCACGUGGGCACGUUCUAGGGGGGACGAGCUCAGUCAACUGUUUGGUAUACACCCGAGGUUCGCAGGCGGAUUUUGACCGCUAUGCACAAGUGACAGGCGAUUCUGGCUGGUCAUGGAAGAGCAUGUUGCCCUAUUUUAAGAAGAGCGAGAAGUUCACUCGACCGUCCGAUAACCACAACACGACAGGGCAAUUUGACCCCGCCGUGCAUGGAUUCUCUGGUUUUAAUUCUGUCAGCUUACCCGGAGCAUCAACUGCUAUUGAUAAUCGCUUUAACGAGGCGGUUGGCCAGCUUGGAGGAGAAUUUUUCGAGCAAUUGGAUUACAAUUCAGGGACACCGCUUGGAUUCGGUUGGUCUCAGGCUGUAAUUGACGGUCCAUCAGGCACUCGAAGCAGUUCAUCUUCUGGAUAUCUACAGAAGAAAAUUUUGGAAAGACCCAAUCUUCACGUUUUGGUAAAUGCUCAGGUUUCCCGCAUAUUGCACAAUAGCAAGGCGGAAGCUGCAAACCCACUCUUUAGCAGCGUUGAAUACCGCAUCAACGGCAAAGGAUCCCUGAGGACGGUGACUGCGACGAAAGAAAUUAUACUAUCUGCAGGAUCCAUUAACACGCCGCAAAUACUGCUAAACUCUGGCGUAGGAGGAAAAACUGCUCUUGAAAAACUAGAUAUCGUAUCGCAGGUCGAUAUUGAGGACGUUGGCCAAAACCUCUCUGACCACCCCAUCAUUACAUUUGCAUGGCUCGUAAACGCCAGCACUACAUACGACGACUUCAAUCGAAAUAUUACCCUACAGAACGAAGAAAUUCAAAUCUGGAACAAGACCCGCCAGGGUGUCUUUGUUAACGGCAUCGCACAACAUAUUGGCUUCGUUCGCGUGCCUGAUAAUAGCUCAAUCUUUCAAUCCGCGCCGAAUCCUUCAUCUGGACCAAAUUCACCACAUUUUGAGAUAUUCGUUUCCAACUUCCUUCUGGGAAAUACACCGCCGACUGGGCAAUUCCUUAGUAUUUCUGCAAUUAUGCUCACUCCAGGCGUAGCAGCACGCGGAUCAGUGACGAUAACCUCAAAUGACCCCUUCUCUACUCCCGUAAUCGACGCUGGCCUCAUGCGAGACAACGGAACUGACCUCCCCCUUAUGCGAGAAGCAGUCCGCAGUAUCCUCCGGCUCGCAUCGGCGCCUACUUGGGCCAACUACAUCAUUGGCCCUGCGUCUUCUACUCAGCCUAACCUCAACUCAUCGGAUAAUGAAAUUGACGCAUUUAUUAAAGGGAACGCUAGGUCCGCAUACCAUGUGGUAGGUACAAGCUCUAUGUCAAAGAAAGGCGCAAAGACGGGCGUUGUGGACCCUAACCUUCUACUCAAACACGCCGCGGGUGUUCGGAUUGUGGAUGCUUCUGUUUUGCCAUUUGUGCCUGCGGGGCACACCCAAGCCUCGACGUACGCACUCGCAGAACGUGCUGCUGAUCUGAUUAAGGCAGAUUUUGCAAUGUCCUCAUAA